AUGGAUCUUCCAGCUCUACCAGAACACGAGAAUCGAUGGCCACAAAAUGUCUAUACUGCGGAGGGUAUCAUCAGCAAUAUAUACAAUGCUGCAAUUAGAAUACUUCGGUCAAAUGACGCAGAACCAACCAGAGUGGCGUACCACUAUGAUGCACUGUCCACAGAGGCCCUACCUUUGCUCGAAGCCAUUGAAAGUGAUACAAGUCCUGCUGCUUACCAGCUUCUGCAUGACUGGCUACUAGUAUGUGCUAGGCUUAUUGGGGAGGUAGCCGCAAUGCUCAAGGAUAUCAGUGGAAAUCUUCAUGUGGGAAAUGCUGAACGGGCAAAUGUGAUAAUCCCGGAGCUUGUGACUCUGGGCCAUCAGCAAUGUUGA